UGGGAGUCUUGGAACAUUGCUUUCGGUUGGUGACACUGACAGUUUUUUACCACUUUCUUCAUCUUAAGUUUCCUCCUUUGGCAUCGCUUAAGCUCUAAACUUCAUCAUCUCACCCCAACAUUCACAUGCUGUCUAAACUUCCCAACCUCAAACAAACACCCAAAUUCUAUUUACUUUCCUACAAUGUCAACCCCAUUACCAUUAUCACCAUCACCGUCACCGUCACCGGUGUCAUUCACCACCGCCCCGCCACCACAGUUAUCUUCUCCGACACUACCUAAUUCAACUUCACUAUCACCAUUAUUCUCACCAUUACUCCCACCAUUACCAUCUCAGUCCUUACCUCCGGCUUCCUCUCCACCGGCACCACCACCACUGUCCCUAUCACUAUCACCACAAUCGUUGAGUUUGCCACCGGCGUCAGUUUCUUCCCCUCCGCCACCUCCUCAGAGUUCUUCUCCUUCUCCAGCAGCAUCUGCUGCACCUGUAAGUAGUAGUGCACCUCCUCCACCUUCUAGGACAAGUCCUUUAGAUUCUCAUUCUACUCCAUCACACACUUUUGCAUUGGCUCCACCACCUCCAUCAGCAAAAGAUUCUCACCAACGAAGCAGUGGUGGCACUGGUGCAGUGGCUUUUGUUGGUGUAGUGACAGCAAUUGUAUUGUUUGGGUUCAUUGGCAUUGCUAUCUGGUGCCUGAGGAGGCAAAAGAAAAGGAUUUCUAAGACUGGUGGCUAUGACUUCCCAUCCCCUCUUGGCUCAACAUCUGAGUCAGAUUUGUCCUUGCUUAAGAUCCGUUCUUCAGCUCAUCGUUUGCAAAGAGCUUCUGGCGGUAAUACAGCAUCAGGACUGGGAAACUCAAGGUCAUUCUUUGCAUAUGAAGAACUAAUGAAGGCCACAAACAAUUUUUCUACUCAAAAUCUUUUGGGUGAGGGAGGGUUUGGUUUUGUGUAUAAAGGAUCACUUCCAGAUGGGAGAGAGGUAGCAGUUAAGCAACUACAGAUUGAAGGAAGUCAAGGAAAGAGAGAAUUCAAAGCUGAAGUUGAAAUUAUUAGCCGCAUACAUCAUCGUUAUUUAGUUUCCUUGGUAGGAUACUGCAUUUCAGAGAACAAAAGACUACUUGUAUAUGACUAUGUCCCCAACAGUACCCUUUAUUUUCAUCUUCAUGGGGAAGGUAUGCCAGUGCUGGAGUGGACAAACCGUGUUAAAAUUGCGGCUGGAGCAGCCAAAGGAAUAGCUUAUCUCCAUGAAGACUGCAAUCCUCGGAUUAUUCACAGGGAUAUCAAGUCAGCAAACAUACUUUUAGACUACAACUUUGAAGCUCGAGUCUCAGAUUUUGGGCUAGCCAGAUUAGCAGUUGAUGCAAAUUCACAUGUAACCACACACGUGGUGGGAACUUUUGGAUAUGUUGCACCUGAAUAUGUAUCAAGUGGUAAAUUGACAGAGAAGUCAGAUGUAUACUCCUUCGGAGUCAUGCUUCUGGAGCUCAUUACUGGAAGAAAGCCAGUGGAUGUAUCUCAACCAAUGGGUGAAGAGAGUCUAGUUGAAUGGGCUCGACCCUUGCUAAAUGAUGCACUUGAGAGUGAGGAAUUUGAGAUUUUGACAGAUCCAAAGCUAGGAAAAAAGUACGUUGAAAGUGAAAUGAUUUGCAUGGUUGAAGUUGCUGCUGCUUGCGUGAGACAUUCAUCUGCCAGAAGACCUCGGAUGGGACAGGUUGUUAGAGCUUUUGAUGGUUUAGCUAUGUGUGAUCUUUCAAAUGGAAUGAGAGUUGGGGAUUCUACGCAGCAAUCCGCAGAAAUAAGAUUAUUACGUAGAAUGGCAUUUGGUUACAAUUCAGAAUUUUUGAGCCACACAAGUUUGAAUGAGUAAGAGGCUAUAUUGUAUCGUGAAAUUAGGUUGGUUUCAGUGUGACUAUGGUGCACAUAAUCCAGAAAUUCACUGCAUCAUGUUCUCUUGAUUUUUGUAACAUCCUCUUCUUAAUCUUCUGUAGUUACCAUUUUUUAAACUCAUGUUGAUGGAGGUAAUCAAUUCAUACCCUUUAACGUAA